CAUGACCGAAGUCUGUGGUGAUAAUUCAUCAAAGCCACAUUUAGUAGUGGUGCAGUGAUACUUUAUUUAUGCGAAAUUCAACUUUUUUCUUUUUCUUUUUCUUUUUUUAAUUAUAAUAAUGAAUGAUACUAUCAUUAAGACACAUAAAAAUAAUUUGGAUCGAUAUUAUGAAUUUCAUAUUUAUGACAAAAAUAUAGGCAGUUACAUGUAUUCAAAUUCAGAAUAUGCUCCUUGCCCUAUAGUCGUCAUGUCUCGACAUCAAGGCUUUCAAUGGAAUGAUGAAUUAUUUGUUAGUCCUUAUCGUAGAAGUGCGGGUUAUGAAUCUCAUAAAAGUAUGAGUCUUCAAGAUAAAGAUAAUAAAAUAUUAUCUACAACAACAAAAUCAAAAGACCAACAACAAGAAAUAGAUCAUGAGUCACCACCUGAAGUGAUCGAUAUCAAUUUAACAGAAGCUGACUGUGAUGUUUGGCCAUAAUUUUAUUUUAUUUUAUUUCUUUAUUUAAUAUUUUAGAAGAUAAUUGGAUUUAUUCGUUUACCCAAGAAGCGCCUCGUUUUAAC